AUGCGCCAUUUCCCCCCGUGGCCAUCGACCACCUCAAGCCACAGCCGAGCGCAGGUACCACGCGAUGACCUCUUAGCCGACCCGGCUGCGGUUGCGAAUGGAUUCCGCGUUCUUCCUGAAAGCAGCUCGAUCGAGAUAGAGGAGCACAACGUGGCAGCUUUCUCGUUACCACAGGAGGUGCUUUCCUUUCAUCCUGACGAUCAAGCCGUGUUCGCACGAUUUGCAAAUGGCGACUGCGAGAGGAAGCUGCACUGCAACAUUGAGUUGAAUCAUGACGAGUUGGAGGCGCUGCGUCUUCUACAGGAAGAGGCACGGGCGCAUCGUGUGGCACUCCCUGUUUCCAUAUCUGCCUCCGCCACGCGGUAUCUUAGCCAUUCUCACGGAGACCCCAAGAAGGCGCUGAAGAUGAUGGAGGCCACCACAGAGUGGCGCAGCUCCUUCUUCACUCGGCCGCUCUCUGAUGCGGACAUGGCAGAGGACCUCAAGUUAGGUCUGGCGUACUUCACCGGCCGAGACAAGGCCCUUCGUCCAGUGCUCGUUUUUCGGGCCGCGCGCAUACCAGCUGCGUGGCAUAGAGAGAGGCGCUACGAUCAAGUCAUUAGAGUCCUGGUCUUUUGCAUGGAGUAUUUCCUUCGGUAUAUGGCAGUCCCGGGGAAGAUCGAGAGCCUGAACGUGGUCAUAGAUCUGAAGGACUUGUCCCUCUCCCAGAUUCCUAUUGGAGUGCUUCGAGAAGUCCAUAGGAGCAUGGGAAUGUACUAUGUCGGUCGCAUUUUCCGGUUCUACAUUUGCAACAUGCCUCGGAUUUUGGGAACCUUGGUCCCGCUUGCGAAGAAGGUGCUCACCGAGCGCCAGCGACAAAAAUUGGUCUUCGUUUGCAGGCCAGAGGACAUCACGAAGGAUAUGGCAGAGAGGCAGAUCGAGGAAGACCUCGGCGGGUCACGGCCGCUGUUGAAGGAGUUCUUCCCUUUCCCUCUCCUGCCGGGCCCGUUCGAGCCCAACAUGCCUCCAUCGCCGAGGUCCUUGCAAGAAGCAGUCCCAGGAGUCCACAAGGUGCUCACGGCAGAGGGCUCCAGGGGACGGCUCUGGAACUGGCGGGUGAAGCCCGAGGAAAACCAGAGGCUGGAGUUCUCCGAUUGCGCAGCUGACAUCUUUCGCAAGUGUGGCCUACCUGUGCCUGCCGAGAUCGCCCCGAGCCCGCCAACACCGUCAGGAGGCAAGCACCGUGAGGGAGUCCACGACGAGCGGACACCGCGGGAGGUGCUAAUCACGAAUUCGAUGGAUGAGGAGCUGCGGCAUCCUGAGGCUGCGGUGGUCUCCGAUGAAAGCACCAAGGAUAGCCUCAGCAAUGCUGAUGAGGCAGCUUUGGACGAGCCCCGCGGAAUUCGCGACCGCCGCUCGAAGCUGCAAGAGGUCGAGGUGGUGCAGCGCCGACGUUGCUGCCUGUUUUCCGGAUGUGGUGGUGGCUAG